CCGAAAAGAGAAAUUCAAGCUGUGCUGAUAGCUCAGCUAUAAAUAAAUAUGUGUACAUAAAUAAAAUCAGUGUCAAAACAUCUUAUUUUCCCAUCGACAGAUUGGCUUUCCUAGGCCGGACUGUAAUGCUCCCGGAGAGACGCAGCUUCGGCUUCCGUCCGUUUGAUCAGUAUUGGCCGAGAGCCAGAGGAGCUUGCAGCAACACGGAGCGCGGAAACAUGUAUAUCUUGGCGACGCUGGCCCUGAUCCUGCUGCACCUCCUGGUGCUGCCCGUCUACCUGUACCUCACCUGGCACCACAAGUACUGGCGCAGGCGCGGUCUGAUCACUGCUCGUCCUCUCACUUUGUUGGGGACUUAUCCUGGCUUGCUCACGCGGAAAAGCAACUUGGUCCAUGACGUGCAGAAGAUCUACGACAAAUACAAGGGCAAGCACCGAGCUAUUGGAGUUUUUGUAACCCGUCAGCCGCAGAUCCUUGUCCUCGAUCCGGAGUUGGCUCACGAGGUGCUGGUGGGAAAUUUCCGCUCCUACAAGGAUUCGCUGACCAGUUCUUACAUCAGACAUGCCAAGUGGGACAAGUACGCUCGGCUCAAUCCUUUUUGGGCAUCUGGGAAGUCCUGGAGGCGCCUUCGCACGGAUGCGCAGGCAGGAAUUUCGGGACAUCGCUUGAAGCAGGCCUAUAGUAUCUGGGAGCAGGGCGGGAAAAUGCUGACGGACUACAUGACCCAGAAGGUGACGGAGCAAAGUAACGUCCUGGAAACCAGAGAUUUGUGUUUUCGUUAUACGGCGCAUGUGAUGGCGGAUUUCAUUUGGGGCAUCGAUGCGGGAACCCUUACCCGACCGAUGGAGCAGCCCAACAAGGUGCAGGAAAUGGCCAGCAAGUGGACCAGCUAUGCCUUCUAUAUGAUAUCAAUUUUCAUGGCCUCCAUUGUGGCUCCCUGCAGUCGUUUGCUACUGCGCUUCCGUUUCUAUCCCAAGGAAACCGAUGAGUUUUUCUCGAAUUUGACCAGGGAGUCCAUUGAGAUGCGAUUGAAGGGCGGUGGCGAUUCCUCCCGAACGGACUACCUCUCCCACUUGCUGCAACUUCGAGAUCAAAAACAAGCCACCCACGAUGAUUUGGUGGGUCAUGCCUUGACGGUGAUGUUGGAUGGAUACGACACCACGGGCACUGCACUUCUCCAUGCUCUAUAUUAUCUGGCGGAAAGUCCUUCAGUUCAGCAGAAGCUCAGGAUGGAAAUCCUUAACGCCUUGGAAUCCGUCAAAAGUCUUGACUUCGAAAAGCUGUGUUCGCUUCCCUAUUUGGAUCAAGUUAUCUAUGAAUCUCUACGCCUUAGCAGUUUGAUACCGCAGUACACCAAAGUCUGCACUUAUCCCACAAUAAUUCAGCUAAAUGAAUUCAAAAGGUUGGAUGUAGAGGAGGGCAUGACGAUAAUGAUUCCCAAUUACCAGUUUCAUCACGAUAAGCAUUAUUUUCCUGAACCUGAGGUAUUUAAACCCGAACGCUUUGAUAAUGGCGCACACCAAGAAUUAAUGCGGAAGGGGAUAUUUCUUCCAUUCAGCGAUGGCCCUCGUAUUUGCAUGGGCAUGCGCUUGGCUCUGCUGACUCUAAAAUCCGCUCUGGUGCACAUUCUCAGCGAUUUUCAAGUGGUCAGAGGAAGGGAGCGAUUGAUUCCCACUGGAGACGCCGGAUUUGGAGUGGUUCUUCAGGGAAAUGUUAAUCUGGAAUAUCGCCGAUUUUUAAGAUAGGUUUGUUUUAUCAUGGCUUAUCAAGUAUAUCAAUAUGUUAUUGUAGAAUCACUGACCAUUGACUUCUUCAUCUUUAAACCAACACCUGAUGAAUUAUUCAAAAGUCUUGUGAAAUAAACAGAGAUUACGAAAACCAAAAAACAAUGAUAAUAGAAUUUUUGGUGAUGAUUGGCUAGGUUUCCCAUAGAACCUAACUUACCUCUCCAACAAACUCAUAUCAGCAAAGUGUUGGCGAUAAUGCUAUCAAAAACGUGAACCGAGAAAACAAAUUAAAUACAUUGUAAGGUAGAGAUUAAAAUAUGAUAGGUCUUGUCAGAAAAUUGCCCCCCGUAUGUAGAAUGUUUCCAUUUUGAUUAAAUGAUUUAAGUAAGA